AUGGGGGGGAAAAAUCGACGGCUACCUACCGCAGCCCAGGUCACUCCGGCCCCCUCCCGACCGCCAGCCGGCCCGAUGGACGAGUUCCUGGCCACGCCGCAUGGCCUCCGCGACACGGGCGAGACCGGAACACCGGCCCUCGAUUCCCCGGGCUCCAGCAUAGCGGGCUCGGCGCGGGAAUCCAGCACCCCUGGCACCCUGUCCCAAAUAUCCGCGGACCUCGCCGCGAUCUCCGCGAGCAUGAUGACCCGGAAGGAUAAAGGAGAAAUGGUGGCUGAGCUGAGGGCCAUAAUAAGGGAGGAAAUAGCGGCUGUGCGCACCGACCUCACGGCGCUGGAGCAGCGAGUAGACAGGUUGGAAGAAGAGCGCAUACAAUCCCAGCAGCACAGACAGGCAGCGGAACUGGCAACCACGAGGCAGGGCAACAUCCUCCUGGACCUCCGCCGGCAGGUUGAGGAUCUCGAUAACCGCGGCCGGCGUAACAACAUCAGAGUCAGAGGCCUGCCUGAAUCCGAGGACGAGGUACCGCAGGAGAUCCUGAAUGGCCUAUUUGCGCAACUACUAGGAGAUGCAGCUCCUGGCGACUCCGGCAUCGAAAGGGCCCACAGGGCACUCCGCGCCCCCAGAAGAGACGGGCAGCCAAGAGACAUGAUUUGCGCCCUCCUGUCAUUCCCGCUAAAAGAAUCUAUAAUGCGGGCAGCACGUGCACAGCAGCACAUCACCUACAUGGAAGCACAAAUAUCCCUUUACCAGGACUUAUCUACCAUCACCCUAGAUGCCCGCAGGGCCCUGCGGCCUCUCACCCGAGCACUUCAGGAGCGACGAAUUCCAUACAAAUGGGGAUUUCCAUUCAGCCUGCAGGCCCGGAUGGGAAACGUAUGGCACAUCAUCCGCUGGCCGAACGACGUGCCACGGUUUUUAAGAACCGUCAACUUACCUGCUAUCUCAGUGCCAAACUGGAUCCUGGAGGGACCCCCGGCGCGAGCCACAGGCCCAUCUGAAGUGGCUCACAACAUCCACCUGGAGCCUGGACCACCAAGACGCAGAGGAGGCCCAAUAGGCCCUGAGGAAUAG